AUGGAGGAUUCCAACCCCAACAUGACCCCGCGCGAGCUCUGGCAGCGUGCGGUCUCGAAGGUUGCCGCGCAGCGCAUCGUCGACGACGGAACCCAGGACGGCGCCGCCUUCGCUCGCGUGGUGAAGCAACGAACCUUCAUCAGGAUGGUGAAUUCGGAGAGCGCGUUCAAGGCCGCGUUUGGGGCCAGGAGUCUGAGAAACAGUCUCUCGCUGUCGUCGAAGAAGCUCGUCGCGAAGGAGGCUGGGGAUGAUAACUUCGAGGGUAUCGGUGCGUCAUCAUCCUCGGUCGUUCGCCCGAGCGCGGGUGCCCAAUUCGUCCCGGAAGCGGAAGAUUCGCGUGCAGACUCGCAUGCGGAGGGAAACUUGGAGAAGGCUGAGCGCGUUGCCAGGUACGUCCGCGUGGAGGCGUCCGAGGAGGAAGGAUGCUUGAGGGUGGCGUCCGCGUACAGUCGCCGAUUCUACCUCAGUCCGAACUCCAAGUUCAACUACUCUCAGUUCUUUCGCUCGUUCUUGUACGAGGCCCUCUCGUUCCCUACGUUGCAGUGGAUUGCAGUUCUGGUUGUUGAGACUUUGGUGUUCGGUCACACGGUAGAGGAGGCCAUGUAUUGCGCGGGUGCGCGAUUCUUCGCUCCAAUACCCAUCAUCGGCGAACGCAUGCGGAAGGCGUUCAGGCAGAUAGACAAGUCCGCCAACUUAAUGUUCGUGUUGGGACCGGUCCUCUUUGUCAUCCCCCCGCUUGCGGUGUUUGCUGAUCUCGGAGAAACUAGAAAGUAUAUUGAGCCGAUGGAGCUGCUGCCACUUCUUCUGAUGGUCUUGGUGCAGUGCGGCGUUAUCUCUUGCAAGUACGGCAUCCUGCCCGCGUCGUACACGUCCGACGCCUUUGGCAAGAUCUACCAACCGAUGACACCCGAAGAUCUGAACAGAACACUCAUUCUGGGAGCUUGGAAUGACCCCAAAAACGAGAAACAUUUCGAUCUGCUGAAGAUGGAGAUGGAGAACGCUUGUCUGGAGGCUGAUGUCGACUUGAAUCAUACUGAGAUCAACGUGGGGAGCGCACAUGCGGCGCGCGCGAUAAGGAUGCGGUCCCGGGGUAUCGGCGAGCGGUCAGAGAAAAGGAUGAAUGAGACCCCGGAGACUGUGUCUGGGAAGGAGCUCAUGGCGGCUCUUGUUGAUGUCCAUAUAGGCAGGCAGUUACCCUCCGAGCUGAUGCCCUUUAUCAUGCUCAUCAGCAUACUAUAUGGGCUCACCGGUCCGGUAAUGCGCGCGUGGUGUGGGGUGCCUAUGUUCGGCGGGACGCACAUGAGCAAGUUUGCGGCCGCCGGCCUCUUUAUAGCCAGCGUCAUGAUGUUCAUGGCCAACUUCAGUUUUGCUGCGACGUGCGCUUGGCACUACAGGAGGCAGUAUGACGUCAUGGAAGCGCUCAGCCAGAUGGUGAGGUUCCCGGGCGAACCGCUCAUAAAUUUCUUGCCACCCAAACCCAAGCCUAACUCCAAGAAAGGGAAAAUAGCUCCGGUGAAGGCCAUCAGCGGCGCUAUUAUUGCCCUAAACUCCCCGGUGCCCCAGCAAGGAGGACAGCCGGCCACGAAGGCAAAAGAGGAUGACGACGAAGAAAAAGAGAGCGAGGAGCUUCGCGAGCUUCGGCGCGCGGCGAAGACGGAUGAGUUCGACGUGGUGAUCGACCUCAAGGACCCCGCGAGCUGCCUGUGCUGGUCGCUGGUCAGGCGCUCCAUGAGACACAUGGGCUCCAGCUGGGCUCGAAGGAUGAACCUCUACUCCGUCAUUUUCCUCCUCGCGGCGUUCUUCUCAGCCGGUAUGAUCCUCGGACUAUACUUCGGCGCGAACCGCAUAAACCACCGCUUGGCCACCGCCGCAUCCUGCUACUUCCUCGCGAUCAUGGUCUCCUUCCUGGUGUCCCUUACCGUCUACGAAGCAGCGGCGAUAAACGAGAUGGUGCCCAGGGUUCGGUCGUGGCUCAAGCGGGAGAGCGUCGCCAUCGUUGCUCAGAUGGCGUACCUGGGCAACGGUUGGGGGCGGUCGGGCACUGACGACAGGGAUAAACAGGAGGCCGAGGAGCUCCGGGGGGCGUACAGGCUCAUAGAGACCGUCGAGCAGUACAUCCGUCUGGAGGAGGAGGAGAGUCAACCGGUCGAAGUGUUUAGCAAGAUCAAGGCCACUCCCGCGGCGGUGACGUUCGUGGUGUCUUCGCUGCUGUCCAUGCUGCUGAUCGCCAUGCAGCGGGGAUUUACGAUGAUGGAGAGCGAGGGAUGGUCGUACGACGGGAAGAACGGGGAGUUCGCGAUGGAUCCGAGCAGACAGGAGUAG